AUGCUGUGGACCGCAAUCGUCUUAAGCAUUAUCACAGACUUGUCCAGGAGUAAUAUUAUAGACAACAUGGAGGGAGAUGAAAGGGAAGAAGGGGACCCUCCAAGGGUUUCACGUUCAACCGCAAAAAGGGCGAGAAAGGUUUCUCUUGUUGAUAACGCAGAAGCUUCUGAGAUAGGAAUCUCAAAUGACUUCCUUCAAAAAGCAAAGAUAAUUCAAGAAAACCUCCGAAUAUACCUAACUAAAGCUGACAAAAGUAUUAAAAAUAAAGACCAAAACCACAUUAAUGGCAAAAUACAGUGGUUCAUUGACGCUAUUGAAUCGUUGGAGGAAAGGACAAAGCAGUACAAAGAUAAGAGUGAGGGUUUAUCUUUACUUGUCCAUAAAGCGGUUCAGGAAACACUUACCUCGCCUUCAGUACAUUCGAUGAUAACAAGCAUCGUAAUAGAGAAAACAGUGCCGAAGGUUAUAGAAUCUCUCUCAGGAACCACUAUGAAAUCUAAUGGUCCCCUCGCCAUCCCUGGAAAAAGCAACGAAAAGUCAUCCGCGACUAACGUGACCCCGCCUGAGCCUUUACCAGCCGCAGUUCCUUUUACAGUCGUUAAGAGCAAAAGAAACAGGAAAAAGACUAAAAAGUCUACCGCACCGCUGAGUCAGACCGGAGUUAAGAUUGGAAUGGCUUGUCCGGAUAUUUGUGUUCCCCGCAUGAUUUCCUCCGGUAGCAAGAUAAAAGUCCGGAAAUUUGAAUUUUAUAAAGCAAUGAUCAGCAAAGUCGGUUAUGUGGGCAACGCCUUGUUAAGUUUUCAACAGCAAUAA